AAACUCACAAACACCCGCUGCAACUUCGUCUCGCAGUCGGCGCGAGACCGCGCUACUGGAAAGAUUUUAAGUUUAUAUAUUUGUGUUCAUGUGCUCAAUAAAAUUUCUUUUAUAAUUUUCAAUCAAUUUUUUUCAUUGAAAAUUCAUAAUUUACAAAAGGAAAAAUAUCCUUAAAAGUAUCAUUAAAAAAAUACUAUUUUACAAAAAAAGAAAAAAAAAUACUUUUUUUAAAAAAGAAAAAGUUUUUUCAAGACUGGAGAAUUAAAAGAGACAAGUGAAUUUUCCUUUUAAUCAAAGUUGAGAGAAAAUUGUGGGUGAUAAUAAACAAGUGGUGAUAAUUGAAAAAUAUCUUGUGUCAUAGCGGGAGUUUUAUUUACAAACAAGUUGUGCGUCGGAUCUAGAAAGAUAUUGUGUGAACAACAAGAAAAAAAAAUGAUUCUUGAGAUAAGUGUUUUUUUCAUGUGAGACGUGAACAAUAUUGGAGUUUUAUAUAAAUUGCGCGGGAGUGACGCGAAUUUUUUUUUUGUGUUUACCCCCCUAAUUUUUUGAAGUGGAAGGAACUGAUUAUUCGAAGAUUGUCGGAUUCGAGUCGUGCUCGAUAGAAUUUAACAAAUAUUGGAACGAAUUGGGCGGCAGAACGGUGGUGGACGGAGGAAUACUAGGCGGCAUCAGGGGCCCAGGCGGCGGGUGCCGCGCAUCCUCGAUGACGAUGGCCGAGAGCGCCGUGGAGGACGCCGCCGCUGUGCCACCGGGUCCGGCGAAACCCCCACCUCCAUCCUGUACAAACAACAAUACGCUAGCGGCGACGGCGAAUCGAAAUCACCAAUCAAAACCAAGAAAACGAAAAGGUCUCUCACAAGUGGUCGAUAUUCUUCAAGCACAUCGGAAUUCACCUCUCGUUACAAAGUGCGCCAACUACGAGGAAACAAUAUUACCAUCCGAAGAAGAGGAAGACGUCUUUGGAUCACCAAGAUCAUCAACUGGUUCAAGUCUCGACAGUCCGGGCAAUAGUUAUCUCACCACCCUCCGACAAAAGGAGGAAUCACUCUCACGCUCCGAAGAAGAACCCGGAAUCAGUCAACAUCUCCUUCACUAUUCACAUCAUCGCAAGAACCAACCGAAUCGACCCAACAAUCAUCUAAAUCAAAACCAUUCGAGUCAGAGUCAUCUAAAUAAUCAAAACUAUCAGAAUUAUCACAAUAAUCAAAAUCUUCCGAGUCCCAAUCACCUGCAGAAUCAUCAUCAUCAUCAUCAUCAUCAUAAUCACACGAGACCGAUACCCAUGUACUCUGGAUGUGGAUGCGUUCAUUGUGCCACAGCGCCCAUGUUGCUUCCAUCUCCAACAUCGCCAUUGGCACCGUUAACGCCGCUCACUCCCCUGACACUCACACCCCUAACCCCCGUCUCUCCAUCGUCGUGCAGCUUCGAGCACUACCUCCACACCAAGUACUUGCCAGAUAUCACGAGAAAACGAAGUCACUCGGAUUCGGAUGUUCCCGGUUGGGAGAAGAGGCCACGCGCCACUGAUUCCACAAUGGUUGCUCAACCCCCAAAAUCCCUCGACAAUAAUGACUCAACAAGUCCCCAAGAAUCGCCUCUCGAUCUCUCAAUGAAGAAUCUCGCUCAGGGUAAUCGACCACCCGCUCUACAACUCCUACCACCUGGUGUCGUCACUCGAGGAUCAGUCAGCGUACCCGUCGUUCGUGGUGACGUUGCAUCACCCACAACCAAGGAGAGUGUUGCUGUUCGUUACAAUCUCGAGGUAUCGCCCGUUGUCGAGGAAAUGCCACCAGGCGCCGAUGUCGCCUAUGUGUGUCCAGUUUGUGGACAAAUGUUCAGUUUACAUGACAGAUUAGCAAAACACAUGGCAUCACGUCAUCGACGACAGGGUCCACAGGAUGCGUCGGCGAAAGCCUAUCUUUGCGAUGUUUGUAAACGAAGUUUCGCACGUUCGGACAUGCUCACACGACACAUGAGACAGCACACUGGACUGAAACCCUACACUUGUCGUGUUUGCGGACAAGUCUUCAGUAGAUCCGAUCAUCUUAGUACUCAUCAGCGUACACACACAGGCGAGAAACCCUACAAGUGUCCACAAUGCAUUUAUGCAGCAUGCCGAAGGGAUAUGAUCACCAGGCACAUGAGGACACACGCAAGGUACGAUGUUCAGACAACGACGACAACGACUCCCAAAAGUAAGCCAACAACUGGUCCAGAGAGUCCAACUUUUUCGCAAGGAAUGCCAUCGCCAUCCACCAUCAAAACAGAAUGACCUUCGAUAAUCGCUGAUAGUUGUCAUUUAGAUAUCGUCAUCAACAUCGAGACUCGAUCAUUUAUGUUCUAGAAUCGGAAUGAUCGAGAUUAGAAAGACUGCCACCUUUUUUAAGGAUCGAAAGUUUUCCUCUGGGUUUGCCAAUUUCAUAAAAGAAAUUUUUUAUAAAUUACAUUUAAAAAGGUGUGUUUAGAGAAAUUUCAAUUUUUUUAGAAACUAAGAAAAAGGAAAAUUUUUAUUGAGAUUGCUGUCUGAUUUUUUUAUACUUUAAGUAUAUUUUUUCAAUUUUUGUAGAAACUGAAAGUUUUUCAUUGGGAUUAAUAGAUGAGAGGGCGUGGUUUAUGGCGCAAGGAUACAGCGGCGAAAAUACGAAACAGUAGUUACGAAAUUGUCCGCUAGAACAAGAAAAACGUUCUCAUGAGAAACGAGAUCUUUUUUUUGAAAAAUCAAAGUAUUUUACAAAAAAAAAGGUUUACAAAAUAUUUUACAAAAAAAUAUUUACAAAAUAUUUUACAAAAAAAUAUUCACAAAAUAUUUUACAAAAAAUGUACAUAAAUUUUCCUUUUUCUUAGUUUCUACAAAAAUUGAAAUUUCU